GCACAACUCAUCUGAUCAAUAAGAUGGAUGCAUGGGUCUAUAUGGUCAAUAGUGAGAUCCAAUUUGUGUUUUCCAGAUAUGGACCGCUGUGAGUCAUGCAAAGAGAACUACUAUCCAAAUGAAGCCAAAAACAAGUGUGUUCCCAAAAACCUAAGUUUCCUGUCCUAUAAUGAGUCCCUGGGGAUUGCUUUAGCUUCCUCUGCUCUUUCUUUCUUGCUGUUGGCUAUAUUUUUGCUAGGAACCUUUAUUAAACACCGAGACUCUCCCAUAGUCAAAGCCAACAACCGAGAUCUCAGCUACAUCCUCCUCUCCUCCCUAAUGCUCUGCUUCCUCUGCUCCUUGCUCUUCAUUGGCCAGCCAAGGAUGGAGACUUGCCUUCUCCGGCAGACAGCUUUUGGCGUCAUUUUCUCAAUCUCUCUUGCUACGGUCUUGGCCAAAACCAUCACUGUGGUUCUGGCCUUCAAUGCCACAAAGCCAGGGAACAGAAUGCGGAAAUGGCUGAGACCCAGAGCUGCACAUGGCUUUGUGCUGUUCUGUUCUCUCAUCCAGGCUGGGAUCUGCGUGGUCUGGCUCGGAACCUCUCCCCCAUUCCCAGAUUUUGAUACCUACUCGGAGCCUGGGUACAUUAUCCUUGAGUGCAACGAGGGCUCCAUCACUGCCUUCUACUGCAUCCUAGGUUACAUGGGUCUCUUGGCUUUGGUGAGCUUCAUGGUUGCCUUCCUGGCCAGGAAGCUACCUGACAGCUUCAAUGAAGCCAAAUUCAUCACCUUCAGUAUGCUAGUUUUCUGCAGCGUCUGGGCAUCCUUCAUCCCAAGCUACCUGAGCACCAAAGGGAAAUAUAUGGUGGCUGUGGAGAUCUUCUCUAUUUUGGCCUCCAGUGCUGGGUUACUAGGCUGCAUCUUCUUCCCCAAGUGUUAUAUUAUUCUGCUGUGGCCAGAUCAGAACAGCCGGGAGCAUUUCAGUAGAAAAUUAAACUCUGGAGUCCAACAGCUUUAAAUCUGGAGGCUGAAAUGCUUCAUGUUGUGUGGUUGAUCGCCAGCAAUUGGAUAUCUGAAGAUUCGGCAAGCCAAUC